UGGAGCAGGGACGGGCCAACAAAACCAGCAAGCCCUUCCACUAAUGCAGCCACAGAUGCUUCCUAGGGGACGUGCCUAUCGUUACCCUCCUGGUCGUACCAUGCAUGAUGUUUCCAUUGCUGGUGUUCCUGAGGGCAUGCUCUUUGUUCCGCACGACAUGGGUGGAAUACCAUUUAGAGAUGGUACAUUUUCACAACCUAUGGCAACUGGCGCUUUAGCUACCGCACUUGCUGAUGCAACACCUGAGCAGCAGAGGACUGAGUUUCUGCUGGGUGAAAAUUUAUAUCCACUGGUGGACCAGUUGGAACAUGAGAAUGCAGCAAAGGUGACAGGCAUCCUACUGGAGAUGGACCAGACUGAGGUUUUGCAUUUGGAAUCACCAGAAGCCUUGAAAGUGAACGUUGCUGAGGCCAUGGAGGUUUUGAGGAAUGUCAAUCAGCAGCAGCAAUUAAAUACACCCCAAAUGACCAGAUGGCUUCACUUUCGCUAAACGAUGCCCUUGUUUCUUAGAGUUUGUAGGUGGGGGCGGUGGGGGCUAUAUGCUUUAGCUGUAUACUCUUCAAAGAACUUUGCUUUUGAAAGCAAGUUGU